ACGCCCGUAACGGCCGCUCCCGCUUUUCCCGCCCUUUUAACGGUUUCCCUCAGGCUCUUCCCGCCCCUCCCGGAGCUCCGCCCCCUCUAUGGCGGCCCCCCCCGCCCGGGAUUGGUUCCACUGCAAUCGCUGCUACCGCCAGGAAGGCGCCCGCUUCUCCGUCACCAGCUGCGGGCACGUCCUGUGCGAGGCCUGCCUGGGUGCAGGGCCGUGCCCCAUCUGUGCUGCUGCGUGCCGCCGCUUCCCCAUCCCCGAGCAGCUGGAGGAGACACUCUUCUUAAAGAGCCCCGCCGCCAUCGCCCGGCAGCGCUUGGCACACAUCUCUCAGGCCUGGCGCUUCCAGCAGGCACAGGUGGACCUGCUGCUUGCCUCCCACCGUGACACAGCGCGCCGGGCUGAGGCGGCUCUGCGGGACACCCGGCGGGCAUUGGACUCCAAGCAGAGGGAAGCAGAGACGCUGCGGAGGGAGAACGGGGAGCUGCGGAGGCACCUGCGGGAGGCUGAGGUCUCCCCUACCUGGCGGUCGAGCAGGAGCAGCACUCCUCGGCCCAUUGGCAUCACUUCCCCAGCAACGACAGUCACCCCCCAGCCUCGGCGGCAGCUCAGCGGGCAAGUGGUGAGCCGCUUGGCCUCACUGGAGUUCCCCUCGGCCAGCAGCACCCCGACGUGGCUGGGUGAGCCCCCAAACCUGCUGCACGUGCCGCCGCCUCUCCCAGCUGCGCCCACCGCCAGGCUCCCAAACCACAUCCCUUUUGGCUGCACGCUACACCCCCCGCAUUCCUACAGCCCGACCCUUUUAUCCUGUGCCCGUAGCCGUGCCCCCUGCCCAAAGCCCCUCCCCUUCACACCCUGACCGCUACGCCCGCUCCCCAGCCACGCCCUCGGCUUCCCCACCCUCUCUUGAUUCCACCCAUUCCCAGCCUUGCCCCUCUCCUCUGACCCCGCCCUUCUGUC